AUGACGGAUCUCCGCGGCCAUGCCGAGGUCGCUCAGGGCCGCCACCACACUCCUAGUUCUGCAACGCCGCAGGUUCGCCUCUCUUGCGAAACGUGUCGGCGGCGCAAAAUCAAGUGCGACAAGCUCGAUCCCUGCUCCAAUUGCGAGCGCAUGCGCCUCACUUGCGUCCCUGUAGAACGAGCGCGGCUCCCACGAGGCAGAUCCGGCCGGACCGCAGCGGAAAAGCGACCAAACCACGAUAUACGCUUGAAGGAUCGUAUCUCUCGCCUCGAAGGCCUGAUUCACGGAAUUUCGGGCACGAUUGACAAAGGAAAGACUGUCGAGAGCUUCCUAUCGUCCAAAGCCUCUUGCAGUACCAGGAGUCGAGAAAGCACCGCUCAACCUCAAUCACCCGGCGCGAUGUCACAUUUCGAAGAGACCGAGGGAUCUCAGUCUCCAGCCUGCUCCUGGAGGGACAUCUUUAGACGAAAGCACGAUGCGCGUGGUGCAUUCAGGCGAAAUUCUCCAAAUCCGAACUGUGACAAUCGGAUCAUGCGCUACCAACGGCUUCUCUUCAUGUCUAAAGGUUCCGAGUGCCAGAAAGGCUUGACUGGAAGAGGCCAGUCUCUGAGCAGAAUCACGGAACAAAAACUCUGCCAAAUUUAUUUGCAGAGAGUUGAUCCCUUCUUCAAAAUUCUUCACAGACCCUCCCUGAGUGCCUUUCUUAUCGACAGAAAACCUUACCAGAAUUACGCACCACAGAGCUUGGCUCCUAAGGCAUUGAAGUACGCCGUCUGUUUCGCGGCAAUCUGCAGCCUCGAUGAGAGGGAGUAUGAGCACAUAUUCAAGACCAAUAAAACCCUCAUGGUGGAGCGUUUUCAGAAAGAGGCAGAAUCAGUGCUAGUAGAAGCCGAUUAUUUAACGACUCAUGACUUGACUGUAUUACAGGCCUUCGUUCUUUUCCUCUUAUCUUCUCGAUCUCAGGACCAGAGUCGGCGCAUCUGGACUAUGUUGAGCAUCGCACUUCGUAUAGCCCAGGCCCUUUACCUGCACAGGACAGAUCCACCUUUUCAUGUGAGGCCGUUCGAAAGAGAGAUGCGCAGACGCCUAUGGACCGCUAUCGGGUUCCUCGACAUUCAAGCUUCGACAGAUCGUGCAUCCGAACCCAUGAUGCAAGUGGGCUGGUUACAAUCCCAUCCCCCUUCCAACGUCAACGACCAUGACAUCGGCUUCGAAAUGGAUACCCCCGUACAAGGAUCCACCGGUUUCACAGACAUGACGUUUACCAUGAUCAUCCUGAAAGCGCAAUGUGUCUCACGGAUUCUCAACUUCCCCAGUGCCGCCUCAGCGAGCGUCGAACCCAUCAGCUCUCGUCAGCAGCUAGUCCUAGACUUCCAGCACACGGCAUCAACCCUCCUUCAACAUGCCCAACCCAACACCAUCGCGUUCCACUGGUUCGCCAGCAAAGUCGCCGAAUGCAUCAACGCGUGCAUGCAACUAGUCGUUCUGCGUCCUCUCCAACAGCACCCCAAAUACCUCCCUCGUCGAGUUCAUGGCGACCGUCUCCUCCAACUCUCCAUCGAUGUUCUCUUGAGGAACCAAGAAAUCUGCAAUAACCCUCGCACGCUCCCCUGGCGUUGGAUUGAAUAUACCUUCGUCCCGUGGCAUGCCCUCGCCGUCGCUGCUUCCGAACUCUGUGUCUGCGAAGAUCCCGCCCUGAUGGCCAGAUGCUGGGCCCCUGUCGAGCAAGCAAAUGAGCGACUGGGCCGUCUAGUCGCGGAUACAGCUAAGGGUCGAUAUUGGAAACCCAUAGAAAACAUCAUAGCUCAGGCACGACUAAGAAAAGAGCAACUACUGCUGCCGCAGCAUUCAGUCCACUCACCACCUCCCCUCCACGACGACCCCUCGUGUCAACCCACAACCUCUCAAUCAGCUUCAGAACCCCCGCACUACUUCACGCAGCCUAUUUCCCAAGAUUAUGCAAGCAACGCGGCUAUUUCUCCCCUCGAUACAACCGAACUAGGCCCCUGGCCCAGCGUCUGGGAUGCCGUUGACUGGACCACCCCGCUCGGAGAGAAUGAGUUGUCGUGGUUGAAUUACGAGAAUUUCCUCGAGGACUUGCGCGGAAUCGCUGACUAUCCACCACUCAGUGAUCAUUGA